AGGUGGAUAAUUGUGUGACUUAGCGAAGUGUUGAGACGACCUUCGUUGAUGAACCCCAGGAUUAGCUAGACCAUAAGGCAUAAUGAGGAACUCGCGGUGUUCCCAGUGGUGCCAAAAGUGCUUUUACACUCAUCGUUAUCAUGAAUACGAAUGAGGCUGUAGGACCUGUGGAGGUCUGGUUCUGUUUAAUAACUUGAAUAGAGGAGAACUGUGUGUGUACUCAUUCUUCUGUGUUUUUCUCUCAGUUCUCAUGGUUCCAUACCGAGAAUAAAGUAUAUAUGUUUUUCUUCUCAGGACUGUCGGACUUUGCACCGUAUUUCCAUGACAAUGGGAACAUGGCGUUGUUUAGCAUCUCUGAAGACACACCAGUGGGAUCUCAGGUGUUCAUUCUGAAUGGGACAGACCCGGAGGGAGACGAGGUCUGGUACGAUAUUAGCUUUGAGAACGGCUCUAAAGAGUACUUCCGGGUCGAGCCCAAAUCAGGACGAGUCACUCUGAUCCAGGAACUGGACCGAGAGGUUGAAAAUGAAAUUGUGGUGUUGGUCAGCAUCACUGAUGGCAGGAAUAAGGUGGUGGAGAAAGUGCGUGUGUUUGUCUCAGAUGCUAACGAUGAAAAGCCUGAGUUUCUCAGCCUGCCCUACAUCGUCAACGUCCCUGAGGACACGGAGGCAGGACGCAGCAUUUUUAAAGUUCGAGCUGUGGAUAAAGACCUCGGCUCUGGAGGAAGUGUCACGUAUUUCCUGCAGACGUCUCCCAAAACCAAGUUCACUGUCGAUGGUCACAGUGGCGUGCUGCGUAUCAAAGCGGGCGAGGCUCUCGACUACGAGACCUCCAGCACACACUUCAUCACCGUGGUAGCCAAGGAUGGUGGAGGUAAAUAUAACGGAAAACACCAGGUGAUGACAUCAUCAGCCACCGUCACCAUCAACGUUCUCGAUGCCCAGGACUCGCCUCCUAAUUUUGUUGGAACACCGUAUUUCGGAUACGUUUACGAAGUAUCUGAGCCUGGCUCGGAAAUAUUCACAGUGUCGGCCAAAGACGGGGAUCAGAUCAACCCUAACCCUAUUCAUUACUCUAUCAUUAAUGGAAGUGACGGCUCCUUCAGCAUCAACAGCUCGAGCGGUUCUAUCAUUCUGAUGUCAUAUCCUGUCCAGCUGAAAAACGAGUUAUACGAGCUGAAAGUUAAGGCGUCGGAGGUGGGGCCUGAGAACGAGCUGCUGGACUCGGCCGUGACGGUGGUGACCGUCCGCGUGGUGGAUCUGAACAACCAUCCGCCCACGUUUUACGGCGAGGCCGGCAAACAGGACACAUUUGAGCUGACCAUGUUGGAACAUCCUCCUGAGGGAGAAAUCCUGAAAGGGCUAAAGAUCACCGUCAACGAUUCUGACCAGGGAGCAAACGCUAAGUUCAGACUCAGACUGGUCGGACCUGGGCGAGUUCUCCGAGUCGUCCCUCAAACUGUCCUCAACGAAGCCCAAGUCACCAUCAUCGUAGAGAACUCCAGCGCCAUUGACUACGAAAAGCACUCGUUUUUAACCUUCAAGUUGCUAGCGGUGGAGAUUGACACGCCGGAGCGCUUCAGUGCCACAGCAGACAUCGUGAUCCAUCUCGUGGACGUAAACGACAACACGCCCAGGUUUUCCUCAGAGUUUUACAUCGCCAGGAUCCCGGAGAACUCCCCCGGAGGCUCCACCGUCGUGUCUGUCACUGCGUCGGAUCCUGACUCUGGGCCUUGGGGAGAAGUGAAAUACUCCAUCUACGGCUCAGGAGCUGAUCUGUUCCUCAUCCACCCCAGCUCGGGGAUCAUCUACACUCAGCCGUGGGCGUCUCUGGACACGGAGGUGAAGUCGAAGUAUAAUUUCUACGUGAAGGCAGAAGACAGCGAGGGGAAGUACAGCCUGGCUGAGGUCUUCGUCACGAUUCAAGAUCAGAACGAUCAUUCUCCAGAGUUUAACGAGAACUUCCUGGAGAAGACCAUGAUCCUCGGUGCUCCUGUGAAGAUAGAGGCGGUGGAUGACGAUGCCGAGGAACCCAACAAUGUCAUCGAGUACUCCAUCGCCAAGGCCGAGCCGGAGAACGUUUUCGACAUCAACGCCAGCACGGGUGAGAUCAAGCUAAAGCCGUUCAUCAAGUCCAUGGAGAUGGUGCGGAACAUCACCAGACAGCAUGACCGCAAGUGGUCAGUGGUGGUCCAGGCGCGAGAUCGAGGUUCUCCUUCAUUCAUGACCACCGCCGUCGUCCAGCUCGACAUCACUGAAGCAAAUCAGUUCUCGGGCCCGGUGACUGCGUUUCUAAUGCAGAGCAGAGACAAUCCAGCGAAGGCUUUGGGCGUGGCAGCUGGGGUCAUUAGCGUGAUGGUGAUGGCCACCGUAGUGAUCUCCACGGCAAUGUACCUGCGCACAACGAAGUCCAACAGGAUCGGGCCGUCACGCCGUGUCAUCCGCCGCAGGCGUGGAGAACCCCAGCAGUGGAACUUCACGUUCGGAAACUCGCAGAGUCCAGACAAGUUCCUCGCUGGCCACGAUGUGGAGAGCAACAAGAAUACCGACAGAUCGUGGUCCAAACCUCCACCACCGCGCGCACCGGUUCUGCCUCCACCUCCACCAAAUAACAACCCCAGGAUGAGCAAGCAUCACGGCGCCGUGCCUACCGUCUCAGGAUCCUUAAGCUCUCAGAGCUCGAGCGAGAGAUCCGUCAGUAGCAGAGAUACAGAAGAUCAGCCGACUAAGAAGAGAGAGGGAAACAUCAGCUCAGCGCUGGUCUCAGAGCUGAAGAAGAGGCUGGAGCAGAAGAUCAUCGAGGCUAAUCAAGGCUACUACUGCUGAAACCUCUGGCUUAGCAAACAUUCUAGCGUAGAUCCUUACUACCGAAGCCACCAGAUUAGCAUAGAUCACUGCGAUCUCAGAAAAAAUUGGAAGCAGGAGAUUAUAACCAAGCAACGUAUCUGGACGGUGGCAGCUGGUCCGGUUCUGCCUCUGCUUUUUAUAAAUGAUGCAUAAUGAAAUAUUUAUACGCUAAUACUACUACUACU